AUGGCCAUGAUAUAUUCUGUUAUAGUACCCAUUACAAUUCCCCUGGUUCUGUUAGGAGUCGUUGUUGCAUCCCUCCUCAAAUCAAUCCUUCAGUAUUGGGGUUUGAGACACAUUCCUGGGCCCUUUGCUGCAAAAUUCACCAACUUCUGGCUGGCGAGGAAGUUCUGGAACAGAGAAAACUUUGAAGCCAUCGCCCUGGACUUGGAUAGGCAGUAUGGCCCAGUUGUGAGAUACGGCCCGAACAGAGUCUUGUUCAGCGACCUCUCGGCUAUAGGCGUCGUGUUCAACACCAAGCACCCGUUCUCCAAGGCUGAAUCGUACGAGGUGGCCUUCCAAGCAGUCAAUGGGAAGUUAAUAAGUUCCUUUGCGACAGAACGAAACGAAGCCCGCGUCUCCGCGAUUAAGAAGCAGAUUAUUGGAGCAUUCACCACCACGGCCAUCCUCGAUUAUGAAUGCCACGUCGAUCGUAACAUCAAGAAUCUGGUGGGCCGGCUCCUCAACGCGGAACCGGAGCUGAACAUUGCCAGAUGGAUUAUCUACUUCGCUUUCGAUACCAUCUGUAACAUCGCCUUCAGCGACGACCAAGGCUUUGUGGAAAAGCAGGCCGAUUUGGGAAGUACUCUAGAAGGCUCUCGCCAACGCUUUGGCCAUUGGCACAACUGGCAGUCCCUGCCCAAACUUGAGAAGCUCAUCUACAAGAACCGCUUCGUCUCCAGAGGUACGGGCGCAACGUCUCUCCUUGGUAGACUUGCCAUAGAGCGCCUUCAAACACGGCUCGAAAAAGGCGGGGUGGGAACCCAUUCCGACCUUCUCGACCGGUACCUACAGGCAAGCGAACGCGAUCCCGUCACAUUUGAUAGGUCGACCAUUAUCGGCCUGCUCAUCUCCACGAUCCACGCAGGCGCCGAGACCACCGCGGCAACCCUUAACCUAACUCUGUACUACCUUCUUACCAACCCCCGCGCCAUGGCCAGACUGAGGACCGAAAUCGAAGAUGCAAAGCUCGCGUCUCCGCCUUCAUGGCAAUCGGUCUCGAAACUCCGCUACCUGGAAGCCUGCAUAAAGGAAGCUGGUCGCAUACGUCCCCUCAUCCUCGACCCAAUUGAGCGGGAAGUGCCCGCCGACGGGCCCGGGAUUGAGAUCUCUGGCGUCUACGUACCCCCUGGCAGCGUGGUCGCCAUCAACACGCACGCACUGAAUCGCGACCCCCUAAUCUGGGGCGACAAAGUGGACGAAUUCAGACCCGAGCGAUGGAUCGAAGCGGACGAGGCACGACUCUCCAAGAUGGAGCGCGCGAAUCUAAAUUUCUCCACUGGGAGGAGAUCGUGCAUCGGGCAGCACAUCGCGUGGAUUGAGAUGAAGAAAUUCCUUCCCGAGCUGUUGAAUCAAUUUGAUAUUGAACUCACGAGUCCGCACCAACAACUCCAACCCUCUAGUUCCAUGGUUUUCUUCGUCGACGAUCUGACGGUCAGGCUGACUCCGCGGUGA